AUGACAAUAAAUAACUAUAAGAAGCAAGAGGAAGUUCAUUUCGACUGGUUAAAUACAAUAUCUUUUCAAUUAAACUUAUUUUCAUCAACUUCCUCAGCUUUAAACUCAAAUUCAUCCCAAGACUCCAAAGAAAUUGAGAAUCCAAAGCCAAUUGGAGAAUUAAGAAAGUCAAUAAACAAACCAGCUCCAAUUAUUGUUUCUCCAAAAGAAAAUACAGAUAACGAACAAAUCUCAUUAGCAUCUACCAAGACCAUUCAACAAGGAUCUCACCUUCCUGUUCAAUCUUCACCAUGCUUUGCCACACAAAACUUAAACUCAAGUACAAUGAGGUUCGUUUGUGAUGAUUCAUUACUUGCUUCAUCAUCAUCAGAUGAUGAUAUCUCAAUAGAUGAUAAUGAUGAUGAAAAUGAUUCACCGCCAAACUCUCCAUUUACUUUAGGCGGAUCUUUGAAAGAAUUAACGCAAUCUGCUUAUUCUUUCAGAGAGGCAUGGAAGGAAAUGUGCAUAGAAAAGAAACAAGAAUCAACACCAAGGAAGAAGUCAUUCAAAUUCGCAUUCGAAGAUAUCGAAGAGCCAGCAGAAGUCUAUCAAAUGUCAGAUGAUUGCGAAGAUGAUGAUGAAUUCGAUGAUGACGAAGAAAUGUAUGAAAGAAAUCCAAUAGAGAUACACGGAAAGUCCAUUCCAAACUGGGCUAGAGGUGAGCAGCUUGAGAAACAGUUAAAGAAGCAAUAUUUGAUCGACCCAGAUGAAAUCUUCUUCGAUUUCCCAAUGGAGUGCAAUUUAGAAGAAAUAUUCGGUACUCAGAACCAGAAGUGGGCAAAAAGAAACGAAAGUGGCUAUUGGGCUCAAGAUGGAGUUACACAAGAAGAAAUUAGAAAUUAUUCAUCUGCAAGAUUCCAAAAUAUAAAUGGAAAUGAUUCAUAG